UCUCACAUCUCACAAUAGUAGUUCUGGUAGAAUCCCAGAUAAUGAGCCCCUGUGUACCUGGGCAGCAUGUGUGCCAGUAGUGUCUGUGUAAAUUCUUUAAACACAUUUUCAUUGCAUGGCUCUGCAGUGUCCAAGUGUUAAUGCUGUUUUCUCAGCCAGCCUUAUCCAGCACAUCAUGUAGGGCAGUGAGCAUCUUCACAGCACUUCAUAGUUCUUUUAGGUUUGCUCAACAGUAAGGUGAUGAAAAAUAAGCUUACAGUCUUGAAGUGCAAGGCUCAGAGUUUCUUCUAUCUGAAAAUCACCCCAAAAAACUGGGCAGAUUAAGGGAGGUUUGAGGCAGGUACAGGUUGUCAUGGUUGCUGCUGAUGUCACAGUCCCAAAAUGACCUGUGGAUGCCCUGUGAGGGCAGUUCCACAUACACCAAGUAGUUCCAUCAUUUUCAAUGCAUCACUAGUAGGUCAGGCAGGUGAGUGUGUUGGGUCAACCAAACCUCGAGGGCAUUUCAGUGCACUCCCUCCUUCCCAGGGCAUGAGAGCUUCCUUCUCCUUUUCUGGCCCUGCUGCCAGUGUGUGUCAGGGAGCCCUCUGAGCUGUUGGCUUUGCAUGUCUCCUGCAGUGGGUUGGUAUUUCACAGCUAAUCCUUUCUGAAAAAUCCUUUCAGAAAGAGGUGGAGUAGUUGUGUGUGCAGAAUACAUUGUUGGGUAAAUCAAAACUUUACUUCUAAUUGCAAUUAAAAAACUACCCAGCUACUCAGCUCUGGUAUAGAAAUUAUUUUGCUGAGACCUAAGCCUGCUUCAACUGCUGUCCUUCACAGCAGGACAGCCUUUGCCAUGGAAAACUGCAUUUUUUUAAUGUGUGGAGAGAAAUUACUGCUUAUGGGACAUUGGGCCAGGUCAGGUAGGGCUUUUAGUCUUCCACAACUACCAAUAGGUUGGACACAUUGGAUUUAAGGACAGAUGGGAUUUCCAGCUUUAAGCAUUACGGAGGAAGGAGGAAGAAAUGUAGUGAGCAAAGUUGACUGUAACAACAGUUAUGUAAGCCUGUGGUCACUAUGAUAUAGUUAGUCGCUGUUGAGAAGGUAGUAAGUCCUUUUGAGUUUGAUAAAAGAUGCCCAAAAAUAUGUAAUUAUCCCUUCUCCCCUGUCAUCUCUUUAUAUUUUACCAAAAUUCAAAGGUACAAAGCCUUUUUCCGGAAGGUCCAACCCCAAAUAGCACAGGGCUGCAAUUUGUGAAUCUUUGUAUCAAAAUUCUGCUAUUUUCACAUUCUUCUGCUCCCACCCAACCCAGCCUUGGCUGCUCAGAGCAGGAAGUGUUGCCCGUGCUGUGCAAUUGCUGCUUCCACUCCUUUCCCCAGGAGCACAGUAAACUGACGUGAGAGGAAACUAUGGCGUCAAAGGAGCCGGCCUCCUUCGUAGACAGAACCACCUGGGAUUUCCUCAACCUGCUGGACAUGCUGGGGAGCCGGAAUGGACGGGUGGGUGUGAUGGAAGUGGACCAUGCUGAGUCAAGAGCUCCCUCAUUGCUGGUGGAUUUUACCCAGGACCUGUGUGGCACAGUGGACAUCAAGCACAAACCACAGCAGGCAGAGAAUGAGGGAAAGGAAGAAGAGGACCUGGUUGCCCCACAUCUGAUUUUUAUGCUAUGGCAAGCCAGUGUGUUGAAAAGGCUCAUGCAGUGGGAUCACCUGGAGGAGGCUGUCCGGGAUGUGAGGAACCUCCUCCCCUGCCUGCCAAAUGUGUUGGUGCUUGUGAUGAUCCGUCCUGACUCCCAGGAGCAGCUGGACCAGGCAGUGAGAGCGCUGAGGAGAAUGCAGUGUGUGCUGGAUGGGGCCCUGCAACUGACUGUGGAGACUGCAAUUUACAGCCCAGGCCAGCCUGGAGGUGUUCUGGAGGCAAAGAAAGCUGCCUGUAGAGCACUGAGAGAAGCCUUGAACUGCCAUGAAGAAGUCGACUCCCAGGAGCCAUUUGUUAUUUCACUCCCAGAGCUCAGAUACUGCCGAGUUCUGCCUGAACGUAGGGAAGAGAAGGUAUCAAAGACAGAUGGAGAAUGAAUUCCCUUGGGCAGCAGAAUCUGUCAGGUUGGUUUUAGCACUGUCCUGCUGGAUGUCCCUUUGCAGAACGCUUCCUUCCUGGUGACUUGCCCAGGCCUUCUGCAUGGAUGAGAUUCAGUGCAUGGCUGCUGCCAGAAGGGGACACUGCGUCCUCAGCAUCACACUAUCCUUGCCACAAAGCUCAGAGUUCUUUGCUGCAUUGACUCAACAAUCUGCCCUGGGAAACUUUUAUCAAAAAUCACUGAGUUUCUGCUUUGCAUGAAAUGCCUUGCUUGAUUAUCAAAAUGUCCCUAAGAUACCUGUCCCUAAGAAAACUGUCAGCAGAGAGGGAAGCAGACCAGGCCAGAAGCCUCUCUCUUUUGAACUGUCCCAAAACUGAAACAGUGAGAAAAACUCAAGACCAAGGCCUCAGACUACCUUUUCCCAGGAGAACCUGGAUACAGGAGUCUUUGGUACAUGGUUCUCAUCAGGAACAAAGCUUCUCAAACUCCCCAGGGUUCUUUGUAGCAGGGAGUUUACCUUAUGUACAAGUGGGUACACAUCCAGCAGAUUGAGUUUCUGGGAUGGGUUAUUUUGGAUGGGAGGACCUAUGGGAGCAGUAGAAUAUUUUUAAGUCCAUUUACCCACAUAAUAACUGAACUCAUUUCCCAUCCCCUCUGGGCAUGGCAAAGCACUGUAAGUAGCUGCACUUUUUGCAUUGGGAGUUUAUAAGUAUUUUUUCUUUGGUGUUUUUUGUAGAUCUUUUGUCAUCCUAAGAUCUUCAUUAUCAUCAAAAGAAGGAUUAAAAACCUGGUAUUUAUCUCA